CAAAACAAAGAGAAAAAAACCCACUGAUUAUUUACUGAUUAGUGAUUUCUGAUUGUGAUAAUGCCACAAUGAUUAACAAAUAUGAAUAGAAAAUUAGAUUAAAAAGGUACACACUACAAAUCCUACAUAAAUACACUUCUGUUAUACACUUUAGGCUCGACAAUGUUUCAUGUUUCAUGUAUUAAUUUGGUGUCAUAUUUAAGAAUUUCAUUCCACUUCGUCGCUUUCGUACAUUUAGUGGUAACCGCGGUCGUGACAUUGUCUAUUGAUACGACCGUUGAUGCAGAUCCCAGGAUACGUAAUUAUUUCUACAUCAGAUGGAUGCUCCUCACUUGUUGGUUUAAUCUGAUAAUGCUUUGUUAUUUGCCGAUCGUCAUCUAUUGCGAGUGGAACAGCUGUGGACUUGGUAGCGGAGGACGGAAAUGCAUUCCAUUACUGAAAAAGAUUGCGGACGUCACGAUGACCAGCGUUGUGGCACCCACAACUUUUAUGGCAGAUAUAGUAUUUUGGACGACGAUGAUAACCAACCCGGAGAUGAUGGCUCCACCGAAACUAUUCGACUACCUCCCGUACUGGUGCCAGCACUCGCUGCACACCGUGUCGGCGGUCGUUGUAAUCGGAGACUUGAUACUGACUCCAAGGAGGAGGCCAAGGAAUCUUGCACCGCGUUUCACGAUUAUGACAGCUUUUUAUUUGUUUUAUCUCAUUGUGCUAUACAUCAAUUAUCUGAACGGACAAAUAGUGUAUAACGCCAUCGAUAGUCUACCAGGCUCCAAAUUAAGAACUAUAUCCUUGGCCGUUUACACCGGCUACGUGGUUUUCUUUUAUCUACAGUGGAUGUUAAUAGAUCUUGUGUGGAGAUAGCGUCUGCGAAAAUACUAUAAUCUGAUCUACUCAGUGAUUUUGUUGUUGUUUUUUGUUUUUGUGUGGCGACAUCCCUAGUUACCGAAGUGCCCAUCACUAGCGGCGGAACACGCCAAAAUACAAGCACCACAAAGCAGCUAGCGGCGGUGUUCUCGGCGGUAUCAUUUAGAGCGUUAUACACGCUGCGCUUUGGCGGUCGGUGCCACAUGAACAAACACCGCCAACUGUUCCCAUUUGUUGGCAUUUCUUGACGGCGUUACACCUGCCGCGGCUUCCAGAAGGAAGACAGAAGCAACAAAAAUCCCACAAAACAAGCUAUCAGCUUCUUGCGCAGUGAGCCAGGGACCCCACAGCCCUGGUUGCUCCGAGGCCUGAUUCGUGCCUCCGCAAGUGCUCACGAUAACUCAGCA